AUGAGGUUCAAUUCACUCAAGUGCGCCUUUGCCAUGGAAGCAGAAAAAUUCUUAGGGUUUAUGAUAACCCAAAGAGGGGUGGAGGCCAACCCGAAAAAGUGCGAAGCAAUACUCCAAAUGAAGAGCCCAGGAUGCAUCAAAGACGUCCAGAUGUUGGCAGGAAGGCUCACCACACUGUCCCGUUUCCUCGGGGCAUCGGCUGCUAAAGCCCUACCAUUUUUCAACUUGAUAAGGACGAGGAUAGCGUUUGAAUGGACCCCUGCGUGUGAAGAAACGUUUAAGCAUUUCAAGGAAGUACUUGCAGCACCACCUGUACUCGAAAAACCCAAGGACGGGGAACCACUAUACCUGUACUUGGCCAUAACUGAUGAAGCGAUGGCGGCGGUCUUGGUGCGAGAAGAAGGAAAGAUCCAACAACCAAUCUACUUUGUGAGUAAAGCGCUACAAGGAGCAGAACUAAGGUACAGCAAAUUAGAGAAGCUAGCACUCGCACUCCUGACCUCUUAUCGUAGACUACGACAGUACUUCCAAGGUCAUCAAGUGGUCGUGAGGACAGAUCAGGGAAUCCGACAGGUACUCCAGAAACCCGACUUAGCGGGAAGAAUGAUGACCUGGGCUAUUGAGCUAUCUCACUACGGCUUGCAAUAUGAACCCAGUCAUGUGAUCAAAGCACAGGCCAUGGCCGACUUCUUGGUAGAAGUAACAGGAGACCCAACCGAGCCACCGAGCAUACGGUGGAAGCUCCAUGUAGACGGAGCCUCCAACCAGACGUGCGGAGGAGCCGGGAUAAUCUUGGAAAGCCCAACUAGAGUCGUUUACGAACAGUCGAUCAAGUUUGAGUUCCCAGUGUCAAACAAUCAAGCAGAGUACGAGACCCUUCUAGGCGGCUUAGUCCUGGCUAAAGAAGUUAGAGCCACAAGAGUGAAAAUAUGUAGCGAUUCACAAGUCGUGACCUCACAGAUCAACGAAACAUAUCAGGCCAGAGACUCGUUGCUGCAAAAAUAUUUAGAGAAGGUCAAAGAAUUAAUCGGGGAAUUUAAGGAUAUCUCGGUGCACCAUGUCCUGAGAGAGAGGAACACGCGGGCAGACAUCUUGUCAAAGCUGGUAAGUACAAAGCCGGGAGCGGGAAAUCGAUCUCUCAUCCAAGGCCUGAUAAAAGAACCAACAGUUACCCUCCAUUUAGCAAAGGUAAACUCCUCUUGGAUGGACCCAAUUACCGACUUCUUGGAAAGCAGUAAGCUCCCUGAAGACGAGAAGUCGGCAAAAGCAUUGAGAAGGGAGGCGGCCAAGUAUGCAAUCAUACAAGGCCAAUUGUUUAAAAAGGGACUCUGCCAACCCCUGCUGAAGUGUCUGCGUCCCGACCAAACGGACUAUGUGCUUAAGGAGGUCCAUGAAGGAUGUUGCGGUCACCACAUUGGGGGCAAAGCCCUAGCAAGAAAGCUCAUCAGAGCCGGCUACUAUUGGUUGACGAUAAUAAAGGAUUCUAAAGAUUUCAUGAGAAAAUUCGACCUCCUAGGACCCCUCCAGGUUGGCCCUAGGCAAGUCAAGUACUUAAUAGUCGCUAUUGACUACUACACCAAGUGGAUAGAAGCCGAACCGCUUGCCAGCAUAUCAUCGUCCAACUGCCAGAAGUUUAUGUGGAGGCAAGUCAUAACUAGGUUCGGUAUCCUGGAGGUCGUCAUCUCUGAUAACGGGACGCAAUUCACUGAUAAGAAGUUCGGAGAGUUCCUCACCGGCUUGGGUAUAAAGCAAAAGUUCUCAUCCAUGGAACAUCCACAGACGAACAGCCAAGACGAGGCCGCGAAUAAGGUCAUCUUGCUAGGCCUCAAAAAGCGGCUUGAUAAGAAGAAGGGAUCAUGA